AUGGCAGCGCGACAGGGAGAGGAGAAUGUUGCGACACUCUUCGCAGACAUUCACUACUUCUAUGGCCCGGAACAUGUGAAGCCCAGACACCACAGAUUUGACAAAGGCUCAUAUGUCUACCUCUUUGAGAAUGCGAACGAGCGCCGGUGUCGCAUCGAGAUUGCCAACCAGCCUGGAACUGAAGAUCAGGACGCUUUUGAAGGAUACCUCGAUCAAACGCAUGUUCGAUACUCCUACAAGCAACAGUGUACCGUCACCUUGACUGGUCCCCAAGCUGUUGCUGACCAGAAUGAAUGGCACCUACCGACAUAUGAUCCUCACAAUCAGAACAAAUAUCACUACCAGCUCCACUCACUUGACAUAUAUUUCUGGACACAGCAAGAUGCGCUUCAGUUUGUCAAUGGUGUCAGGAGAGUUGUCCCUCCGUCACUUGUCGAAGUCUUGGACGAGCCUGGCCCGCCUCCUCAGCCCGCGCCUAUGAGUUCCGUGGUCCAGCAACUGGAGAACGUCGCCAUCUCAGAUCCUCAAUAUGGUUCUGCCGCCCCCAGUUUCGCGCCUCCUCCCAGUGCACCCGCUCCGGCUCCGGCCCCAUCGACCGAGGCUCCGGCAGCACCCACCAGUUUUGUCCCGAUGGCUUAUAACCCGGCAGCCCCAGCAGCCCCAGAGACAGUCCAGCACCGAGAAAAGACUCCACCUCCGGACGAGGAUCCCCUCAACCCGCUUGCAGUGGCCGUCGCAUAUGAUUAUCACAAGCAGCCUUUCACGCCGGGCAUGCCGCCACCAUCUCAAUUCCCUCCUGGAGGCGUAACAAGUCCUGGGUUGCCUCCACCACAGUUUGGGCAGCAUCCUGGACUGCAAAGAGCCGCGACAAUGCCUGUUCAAGCACUGGGAAGUCCACAUGGUGCAGCCUUCCCAGGCUCACCUGGAUUUGUGUCUCCGCCGCCUCCUCCGCAAACUCAACCUCCGGCACAAACCCAGCCUCACGCGCAACCAACACCUCCUGCAUCGACGCCAGGGCUGCCUCCUCCUCCACCGGGAGGCUUUACUCAGUACACAUAUAGUCAGCAGCAAGGACCGGUCCGGGCAGGGUCAGAGUAUAGCGUUCACCAGCAAGUCUAUCGCCCAACGGAGACAGAAUUGGCGAAUUCAGACAUACAAAACUUUCAUCAAAAGACUUCGGAGCCACGAGGCAAACUCGAGGAGAAUGCGGGACGUUUGGAACGUGGCAUGACGGGCAUGUUGAGGAAGUUUGAGAAGAAGUUUGGAUAA